AUGUCGACAAGCAAGACAGAGUAUGGUUUUACUGUGCGAGAUAACCAGGAAAAAGGUCAGACUCUUUAUUCACAGGAAAUUGAAGCGAUGAUGUAUACCUGUGGCGACGUUCGCAUUCCCAAUAAAGAAUCCAGCACCUACAUGGAGCAAAUAAUAUAUGUGCAGUUAAAAUUGUUACUUAGUAAUGCACACAAAGUAUCAAAGAUGAAAGGCAGCAAGAAAAUCAACAUAGAAGACAUAGUGUUCCUUAUGAGAAACAAUCCGCACAGAGUAAAAAAGCUGUCCAACUAUAUCAUCUUUAAAGACGUGCGUAACAAAGUUAAUAAAGAUGCAAUUUCGCUGCGGGCUGCGUCAGAGACAAGGCUAAGAUACAAUUGGCUCCCAAAACAUGUAUAUGAAAUGCCAGAGCACACACACGGCAGAUUGUAUAUAAUUGACAAAAUGACAGAAGGGAUGUCUAAGGAGGAGUAUUUGGACUUCACAGAGUGCAGGCAGGCUUCUUUUACCUUUAGAAAAGGGAAGAGAUUCAAAGAAUUCCUCAAUACACAGUAUAAAAUGAAAGAUGACCUAUUAGAUGUCCUUGGGUUUCUUGCAUGCGAAAUAGUAUUCGAUAUUAUCAGCAUAGCCAGUAAAAUAAAUGCACUAAAAUCAAAAAAGAGUCAAAUAAACCCAGACAUUAAGGGAAUGUUCAAAGAAAGAAUGCAUAAAAAACCCAUUACCGUGGCAGACAUUGAUGAGGCUUGCAGACAGCUAAAGCUAAAAAAUGUCAUAUACUAACCAUAAAUAGUCUAUUGAAAAUAUUUCUAUAGCCAAGGGCACACACUGCCCACCAUCUAUGAUAUUAUCUGCGCUCUGUAGAGAUAUCCAUAUAAAUAAACAC